CUUCCCUCUCUCUCAAGCCGUCUGUGACGGAGCAUGCACCACGGCGGCAUCCGGGACGCUACCGGCGGUGACAGGGAUCUGUCGGAAUCGAUGCUAUGUUGCUUUUAUAGUCUAUCCAGAAAGAAACGGGACAGCCUGCCGAACUUCUGUAGGCUCCAGUGAGCAAGCCAUGCGAUUGUUUCCCGUCCUGGUUGGCAAUCUCUUUGUGUGGUGCAUUCACUCGCCCUCUGGACUGCUCCAUGGUGGAUCGAUAUCAAGAUACUCGGCCUUCUCGAGUCGCUUGGCUUCCCGGCACUGUAAGCACACCUGUAGAUCGAGUCGCUUGAAUCGCCGUCUCCUGGCUGGCGCCUUUCGCUUGCGGGGAGCCAUCCGGGAGAGAAAGCGUCCUUGAUUCAGAUCCAUCGCUGAGUGGUCGUGGCCAGCGCGUGAUGGUCU